GAAGGGGUUCCAGGCAGGAGAAUGGCACUCGACAAGGUGAACAACACCGCCUUCAACCGGGGCAAGCUUCACAGCAUGGGGUUCUGGGAGGCCGUGCAGGAGGAGGACCGGGACUGUGUCUCCUUCCAUGAUGUGAACCUGCUCCCCAAGGACGAUCGCAACCCCUACAUCUGUGACAUCUUCCCUGCCCACGUGUCUGUGGCCAUUGACAGGUUCAAGUACACGCUGCCCUACCGGGGCUACCUUGGAGGGGUGUUUGCCCUGCGCCGCCUUCACUACGUCAGGAUCCAUGGCUUCCCCACCACAUACUGGGGCUGGGAUCCGGAGGAUGAUGACGUCACUUCCAGGCUGAAACUCAGUGGGAUGCUCCUCUUACGGCCCCAUCUGCUCCUUGGCUGCUACCGUAUGCUGGAGGGGCAGGACUGCAGCCAAAAGCAGAGCCCCCAGAGUCCUGGCCUUCUGGCCCGGAUCCGUCGCAAGUGGCGGCACGAUGGCAUGAACUCGCUGGGAUGCAGGCUGCUCUCCAAGGAGCUGCAGCCCCUCUACACCAGCCUCACUGUGGACAUCAGCCUCUCAGCCCCAGGAGCCCCGGUGCCAGGCUGAGGGGUAUCUAGAGGCUGGAACAGAAUCCCUGAGACCGGGGCUGCAGGGCAGCCUUCCCACCCAUCGCACCUGGUUUCAUAUUAAAGGAGGCUUUAUUUUACUUGCUUCUCCUCUCUGCCAUCCCUAACCCCCAUCCUUUCAUUUCCAUUCACUUGGUCACACAGGGCC